GACGUUAGCUACAGCGGGAGCAGCUAGCCGCGGAUGUUAGUAAUUUAGGCUAGCCUUCCCUGAAGUUGUCUCUGUUGUGAGCAAAGACAAGGAUGUCCCUGACAGCUGUGGACGGGAUCCUGUCCAGCCUGAAGUCAUGUCUGACGGAGAUCGGGACAGGAAUGGACAUCGUGACAGACGUUGCCAUGGACCUGGCGGAAGUUCAGGAUGAAGAGAUGAACCCUGGCAUCAGCGAAUUGGAGGCCCUGGUUCUGGACUUUGCAAAGCUGGAGAGGGAGAUAAACUACUUCUUCGAUGUUGUAAAGCAAGCCACAGCCGAGGUCACCCCACAGCAGCCAGACGCCAUAUUCGGCCUGUCGGCCCGAGUGAAGGAGCAGCUCGCUGAGAGGAUCGCUCAGCUCUCCGACGCUGACCUGCACAAUCACCAGAAAGUGGCGGCCUUCAAGGAGAGCGUCAAGAACUCUCUCCCGCAAGCCAACCAGGAGUCAGCCGGGAACAUGGAGGAGCUGGACGAGGACAUCGCUGUCACCCAGAGCCAAGUCAAUUUCACCUGCCCACUCACACAGGUGGCAAUGGUGAACCCGAUGAAGAAUAAGAAGUGCAGCCACCACUACGACGAAGAAGCCAUCCUGAGUCUGAUAAGAAAAAGGCACAGCCAGAAAAAGAUGUGCCGCUGUCCUGUGGUGGGCUGUGGAAACACGGACGUCAAAGAGUCGGACCUCGUUCCUGACCAGAUUCUGAGGAGAGCCAUCCAGAACAAAAGUCGAGAAAGCAACAAGAGAUGAUGUUCUGCGUGGCGGACGAGUGGAUCCGGUCUCCUGCUAUCCGCCUGCUUUGAGAUCCAAAUUGUUGGUAUUUUGAAAAAAAAAAGAUGUUAUUUUCAAACAUAAUUAUUUGUCAGGCAUUUUUCUAACAGGGGUUUAAGUUGUGCCGUUUUUAUUGGCUCUUUGUGAAAGCUUUGUGUAUUUUUUCUUAAUAAAGGAUACCAGAUUAAAUGUG